AUACUCAUUUAAAAAAAAAAACAGCCACAAAGUGAUUCCGAACGUGGCUCGAUCACCAAUUAACGGAAAUACUGUACGGAACGUUUUAUCCGACGAAGCGGCGGUUAGAAACAACUUUACCGUGGCGCUCCAUUCAACAGAAGCCCUGAUGGCGGGCUUUCUCAAGUCUAGUGACUUGGGACCUCAUCCACACACCUACGGAACACCGCACCCCCAUCACGGUCACCCCCAUGGACCCCUACCACCCGGAAUGCCCAUGGCUUCCCUAGCACCCUUUGGACUACCACAUGGACUGGAGGCGGUCGGAUUCCCCCAAGGUAUGUGGGGUGUAAAUCCGCGAAAGCAGCGAAGGGAGAGAACAACCUUUACGAGAACGCAACUCGAUGUCCUGGAAUCACUUUUUGGAAAAACCCGCUAUCCGGAUAUUUUCAUGCGGGAAGAAGUGGCGCUUAAGAUUAAUUUACCAGAAUCGAGAGUUCAGGUAUGGUUCAAGAAUCGAAGGGCUAAGUGUCGUCAACAAUUGCAGCAUCAACAAUCGACAACAAACCUCAACAAUAGUUCAAAAUCAACAAAUAGUUCAAGCAACUCGUCAAAUUCAACGGCGAGACACAACAACAGCAACAGCACCAAUCCGACCACAACAUCAAGUGGAACAUCGAAUAGCUCCAAGACGACGUCGUCGACGGCCAAAACAACAUCGAUUAGCAAUCACAAGCACACACAGCCAAGUCAACCACAACAUGGUACGAAUGCUGCAAGUGGUUUGGGAACAGUUGCCGGUCACAAUUCAUCUCCCAUCUUGCCAAUAACCCCCUCAACGUCCGUCAGUCCGCCGAUUAAUGUGAUCUGCAAGAAGGAAGUACCGUCAUUUCAUUCAUCUUCUGGAUCUCUGGGUACCGGAGGUGAUAGCCUGAAGACCGGAUCGACGGGAUACGAUGUGCUAAAAGAUGCCGAAAUGGGACUAUCGGUGGCUCAUCAUGCCAGUCCCUAUGCCAAUAUCAAUGCACGCCUUGGACAAACCGGAGGCAACCUAACACCACAUGGAUCUAGUUCAUCUGUUAUCACAACACCUUCGCCACCGAUAACACCACAAUCUGCCGCCCAUCAACCACCGUUGUCGUAUGUGCCACAUCAAGACUACAACUUCUGGCACAAUCAGUACAAUCAGUACCCCAAUAACUACAACACACCCUCGUAUUACACACAGAUGGACUACUUCAACAACCAAAGUCAGGCCAACUACAACAUGGGCCAUACAGGCUAUGCUGCAUCAAACUUUGGAUUGACUUCGGGAUCUGGAUUGGGCGGACCCAUGGGAGCUCAGACCUUCUCACCAAAUGGUCUCGACUACAUGAGUCCGCAGGAUAAGUACGUGAAUAUGGUCUAGGAGCAGGUGAACCAUGAAGUGGAGGAAGACGAAGAUGAUGCUGCUGAGUGUGACUUUACGUCAACUGACUUUACAUCAACUGCAUCACCUACGUCACUCUUCAAGAUCAAGCCACCACUUCAUCAUCACAAAUCCUUAUUCAAGAGGCCAUCAAUCAAUUUGUCCCGAAGUGGACACGACUAUGAUGACAGUUAGUAGAGAAUUCUGAUAGAGUCUCUUCAUUUGCCGCUACCCAAGUCCUAGAUUAUUCUAACAUGGUUUUUCUUCUUCGUGAGAAAGAUUUAUAAAACAAAAGAAAAGAGAGAUAAGACACCCAUAGCUCCUUUGCUAAAAACGAACUACCCCUCCUCCUGAGAUAUUUAUCGAUGAAAUAUCUUGAUAAGACAGCGACGAAAGGAAUCUUAUCUCAAAGUUUACUUGCAAUGUUUAAGUUUUUUUGCUGAACCAACACCUUCCAAACUUACCAAUCUUGGAAGUGACUUGUUAAUUAUUUUCUGACGAAACAAACACUACAUGUAUCGAGACUAGUUAGGGCUCCGUUCAGUAAUAUAACCUUUCAAAGAGACAAAGCCACUACAAAGCUACUACAAAGCCAAGCCAAACUUAUUCGAAAAUCUACCGGAAGCCUAGAGUGCAAGUUCACGUACUCGCCGCUUUAGCGCUGAUUGUUCUGUCUUCUUCUUCUUCUAUUUUAUGUAAGGCUUUUGGACUCACUCAGCUCCAUAAAGCAAAUUGUCUCCUCAAAAUGAAACUGUUCUAACUGCAUUUUCUUCGUGUAUGCAAUCGUAGCAUACGACGCUUCAUGAUGCGUCAUUAGCAACAAAUGCUGAUACAAAUUAAAUGCACUUAGGACAGUUUCAUUUUGAGGAGACGAAAUUGUUCUGUCAUUUCGAAUUUCGAUAUUUUUGACACUUCAAUUGUCAACAUGUCACAAGAGUUUGCAAACUUUUGCUUGGUAUGGACCCGAGUGAGUCCGACAGCCUUACAUAAAAUAGAAGAAGAAGAAGAAGAAGAAGAAGCUUUUGCAGCAAAAAGUGAAUUUUUCUGUACUUCUGUAGAAUUUCUAGAUGGCAGAACGUUUGAAUUGCAUUUCUAUUAAGAUAAAUUCAUGAACUUUCGAACUUCCAACGAGUUUUUAUGUAAGUUCUCUCUGAUAUACCUUCGAACCGGUACAGAAGAAAAACCUCAAUCGGAGAGAACUCUCAAAUCAGGAAGGUUAUUACUGAACGAGAGGAUUGUGUAAUGCUAUUGAAGAUGAUAUUCUGGACAAGAUUAAAGAAAAAAAGACACUAUCUAAUUUUACGAUAUAUAAAUAGAAAUACAGCCACUAGAACAUGUAAGUAAUUAUGGCAAUUUGUCAGAGAUAUUGUUUCUAUUUAAAUAUAAAAGAAAAUGCCAGAGUCGGAGAUUAUUGCAAAAGAAAAAAUACUUAUAUUAAAGAAAAAAAUAAAUAAAUAUUAUAAAAAAAAUAUUAAGGAAAAUUAUAAAAAAAAUUGUACAAAAUAUUCUAUAAGUGUAUAAAAAAAAAACCUACUCUUAAGUAACAAUUAAGAUAUUUCUGUCUUACAUUUAAAAAAAAAAAAAGAAAAACAACUGCUGAUAACAAGUAUAUCAAUUUGUCAUAUCAGAAAAUUUAAAAAUGAAAAAACCCAAUUGAAAUGGAAGAUAAUUUAAAGAAAAAAAACUAUAUGUGUGAAAAAGCAAGAAAUAAUUGCAUUGUAUUUAGAUAUCAUUCUUCUAAACUUUUUUGUGCAAUUCACUGCAAAAAUUCAAUGUUUAAUCCAAUUUACAAGACAAAAAAACGACGCGUAAACUAAUCAUCAUUGACAAUUCAAAUUUAAAACAAAGAAUAAAUUACUUUUUCGCGUCAGAAAAAUUGUUUGGUAUUCCUCAAACAAACUGCGAAAUGAGAAUAAUUUGCAAAGUAUACUUCAAAAAUUAAAAAAAAAAACGCUGAAUCCAAUCCACAAAUACACACA